AUGGACGGAAGGUUAUCGUCCAGUCAAUCAGGCUCUAGUGGUGAGCAAUCUGUGAUCGAUAUGUUUUUGAAUGGACGGAGGUUAUCGUCCGUUCAAUCGGGCUCAGCUGAAUGGACGGAAGGUUAUUGUCCAGUCGAUCGGGCUCAGCUGACGGAAGGUUAUCGUCCGGUCAAUCGGGCUCAAGUGGUUCGCGGGGCCCUGAAGCUAGAUGCAAAAGCUAACUCUGAGGAGGGGACAUAUGGCAAACGACUCGACAAGGGAGCGAGAUCCAAACAAGGUGGAAUGAGUGUAUUUGCAGUACAUGGGUAUGAUAUCGCGUGA